GAUAAACGCAUCCCUUCGUUCCCUAACGCGCGUGAGAGAAGCUCGCGCAUCUCAGAUUGUGAACAGAGAGAUGAUGACGAUGAUCGAUUCAGCCUCGGCAGUCGGAUUUUGCACAGGCGUCGUCGGCGGCUGUUGUUCCUCCGUCACUAUAGCAAACUAUCGCCCCUUUUCGAGCUCCGACGACUCUACCGGAGUCCACAGCGCCUUCCGUCGUCUGUCCCACGCCAGCUGCCUCGACGUAUCAUGGAUCAGAGCUCGGAGGCUUAUAGAUGGUUGUUCUUUCACAAUGAGAAACUCUCUUCAUCCCCGGACCAGAGUUAGGGCAACUGAAGAGUACUCAAGCUCGGCUUCAGAUCCCUUAGAGAGUAAUGGGAGGCAGAAUUACCACCCAUACGAAGAGAUAGCGGAAUCCACGUCCCAGGAUGGUGGAGACGCGAGACUCACAGCUGCUGAAACUACCAGAACCUUAAUUGAGGUGAACACGGAAGCAACACUUAUGUUUUCAGCAUUGAUCAAUGAUGAAGUUCACGAAAACAUUUUUUUGCCCGAAUUGCCUUACGUGACUGAUGAACAUGGAAAUUGGUACUCUCAGUUUUCUGCUGGGGCAUUAAAACUCUGUGGCAUAUCAUCAGAUAUUUACUUCCGGGUGAACAAUGAUGAAGGCAUUCUGGAUACGCUAGUUUCUGAGAAUAACUUUGUGCAAGUAAUAAUAGGUUUGGAUACUGCGGAAAUGCUUAGCGAGAUGGAUCUAGCAGGGCCAACUGAUAUUGAUUUUGGUAUUGAAGAAAUCACAGAAGGAGAUGGUGAUGAUAUUGAUGACGAUGAUGAAGAUGACGAUGAUGAUGAUGACGAUGAAGAUGAAGAUGACUCUGAAAAGGACUGGGUUGCAAUUCUUGAGGAUGAAGAAGGUGAAUCAGAUUCCGAUGAGGCUCUUGGCGACUGGGCAAAAUUGGAAACGAUGCGUUCUUCACACCCAAUGUAUUUUGCUAGUCAGCUGGCUGAGGCUGCAUCGGAUCUCCCUAUGGAUUGUAUUGAUCAACCUCCAGCUGGUCUUGCCAUCCAAGGCCUUCUUAGACCUGCCUUUGCUGAGGAGCACCCUCUCAUCGAAAAGCAUAUAUCAGGCAAUAAGUCCUGUAAGGAUGACCAAAAUCAGGUUGGGAAAAUUGACAAGCUGGAAGGUAUUGGCAUGGUUAAUGCUCAUCACCAUGAGUCAGCCUCUUCUAAAGAUGGUUCAGUUUGGGCAGAUGGACUGGAGAAAGCUGAGAGAGUUAGACCUGGGACUUCAUUUUUCAAGCUAGAGAUGAUCAAGAUAGAGUUGAUUUCAUCACAUGGACAUCAGACUGCAGUUGAUGUUAAUGAUUUCCAGAAAGCCAGACCUGAUGCCAUUGCCCAUUCAGCAGCUCAAAUUAUUUCUCGCUUGAAAGAUGGUGGAGAAAAGAUCACACAAGCCCUGAAGUCUCUCUGUUGGAGAUGCAAGGGUAUUAAAGUAGAGGAGGUAACUGUUGUUGGUGUUGAUAGUCUUGGUUUUGAUUUGAGGGUUUGCUCAGGAACACAAGUCCAGAACCUGCGGUUUGCAUUUAAUACACGGGCCACUUCAGAGUAUAGUGCUGAGAGGCAACUUCAUGAUUUACUGUUCCCAAGGGUCCAACAAGCGCAGAAAUGGCAACAAGCUCACCAGAAGGAAUGUUGACAUUUUUAGAAUUCUACAUUUGAAUUUAUUUUAUUGUAUGAUGUAUAAUAUUGAGGCUUAAAAAUGAAUUUAGCCGGUCAGCGAUUGUUUAACUGACUUGUAGAUUAUGUAUUUUAUGUGAAAUGCAAAUAGUAGAUAUUGGAA